AUGUCAACUCCGUCGGUUCGCCGUUGGUACCACUGGUUUGCACCUACCGAUAGCCCAGAGGAGAGGAAACUGAUCCUCAAACUCGACUUUCUCAUCGUACCAUAUGCUUUCAUCAUCUACUGGGUCAAGUACAUCGACCAGAUCAACAUCAACAAUGCCUACGUUUCUGGAAUGGCCGAUGAGCUCGGCUUCCACGGCAAUGAGCUCGUCCAAUUCCAGACCAUCUUCGUCGUGGGCAACGUAGUCGGUCUUUUGCCGUUUAUCUACCUGUUUCCAAGAGUUCCGAUGCAUGUGCUUGUUCCGACCCUAGAUCUAGGUUGGGGCCUGUUUACCCUGCUGCAGUACCGUGCUCAGAGCUACGCGGAAAUUAUGGCAUAUCGAUUCAUGGUGGCCAUCUUCGAAGCCUCGUACUUCCCAGGAGUUCACUUCGUCCUCGGUUCAUGGUAUCGAAGCGACGAGAUCGGCCGCAGAGGCGGCAUCUUCUAUAUCGGUCUUACCCUUGGCACCUUGACAGCAUCCUUACUGCAAGCGGCAGCAGUGACAUACCUCGACGGGACCCACGGCCUAGCCGGCUGGCGCUGGCUCUUCAUCAUCAACGCAAUCAUCACACUACCUCUCGCGGUAAUCGGAUACUUUGUCUGGCCCGGAACACCUGCAAAGCCAAACAAGCUGCUCAUGAAGGAGUCCGAACUCGAGCUGGCACGUUCGCGUCUGGAAAAGGCUGGCGCAUCAGUCAAGAGCACACCCUUCUCCUUGAACCUUUUGAAACGAGUCUUUACGAACUGGCGAUUUUACGUCUUGAUCAUCUGGAAUAUUCUCUUCUUCAACACCAGUGCAAACAGCGCGGCGUUCUUGCUGUGGAUCAAGAGUCUCGGCAGAUACAGCACAGCUCAGAUGAAUAACCUGGCUGCGCUAAGCCCCGGGCUGGGAAUCUUCUUCGUUCUGUUCAUCAACUUUAGCGCAGACUUGUGGAUUGGGCGCCCUGCUGCAAUCACUCUGGCGUCAGCGAUCAACUUCUCGGGACUGGUCAUAUUGGCCAUCUGGAACGUGCCGGAAGCCGCAAAGUGGUAUGCAUUUAGCACCACAUACUCUGCGGUUGCGGUCUCCUCGGUGCUGUACGGAUGGGCCAACAUCAUCCUCAAACACAAUAUUGAGGAGCGGGCUUUGACAUUGAUCCUCAUGACGGCCAUCGCCACAUCUACAAACGCGUGGAUUCCGCUGUUUGUGUACCCAACCGUCGAAGCCCCAAGGUUUCCCAAGGGCUAUGUGUACUCUGCCGUCAUGGUUGUGCUGCUGGUUAUCAUGACGCAGGUUGUGAGGCUUUUGCUAGGUUCUCAUGGGGAGAAGAGGAUACGCAAAGCUCAGGAUAGUGAUAGUACUGCGGGAUUUAGUGACGGGCAUCCAUCAACGAGCUACCAGACGUCUGAUCAGAAGGGGCCUACGCCUGUAGUUGCGGCAGUCUGA